AUGAAGAUUACAAAAAUAAUUAAUUAUAACAAUUUUAAGAUUACAAAUGUAUGGGGAGGCAUAAUAAGUAAAGCGUCACAUUUUAGUACUCAGCAUGGACAAUAUGAUAAGAGUGAAAGGAUUUGUAAUUUUGGAUUCCAAAAAGUAAGCGAAGAAAUAAAAUCUCGAUUAGUCUACAAUUUAUUUAGUAACGUAUGUAAUAAAUAUGAUAUUAUGAAUGACAUGAUGAGUUUGCUGGUACACCGUUUUUGGAAAGAUCAAUUUGUUAAAGAAUUAGAUAUACUUUUAAAAUAUCAUAGUUACAAUAUACAAGAUUAUGUAUAUCAACAUUAUAAAGAUCAUUCAUCAAACAAUGAAAAGAUACAAAAAAAAAAUGAAAACACAUCUGAUACGAAUGGUUAUAGUAAUAAUUAUAGUGUAUAUUCAGAUAUACCUAAUUAUAAAAUACUAGACUUAGCAGGAGGUACUGGUGAUAUUGCCUUUCGUAUAUUAGAAAAAAGUAAAUUUUAUCUUAAAAAAAAUAAUCAAUCCAUUCCUUUUGAUCAUAUAUCCUAUCAACAAUAUCUUCCUCAUAUCAUCGUUUGUGAUGUAAACAAUGAUAUGUUAAAUGUUGGUAAAAAGAAAGCAGCUACAUUAGGAUAUGAUCAAAAUUUGACUUGGCUAGUUCAAAAUGCAGAAAAUCUUGAAUCAGUAGAAUCCAAUUCUAUAGAUGUAAUAACAUUAUCAUUUGGUAUUAGAAAUUUUACAAAUAUUCCUCAAGCAUUAAAAGAAAUACAUCGAGUAUUAAAACCAGGAGGAAGAUUCUUAUGUUUAGAAUUUAGUAAAGUACAAUGUCAUAUAUUUAAUAUUUUCUAUAAAUUUUAUCUUAAUAAUGUAAUACCUAUAAUUGGAAAAGUAGUAGCAAAUGAUAUGAAGGCAUAUAAAUAUUUAGCAGAAAGUAUUCAAACUUUUCUCACACCAGAUGAAUUAGCUCAAUUAUUUCAUCAAGCCAAUUUUAAAAAUAUAACGUACACGACCAUGACAAUGGGCAUCGUUUCUAUACAUUCAGCAUACAAGUUGGUGUAA